AUGGAGUUCUCGUUCAGGGGCUGGUCUCCUCAAUCCACAACUACCGCCUUCGUCUUGUUUGCGCUCCUUACACUUGGGUAUGCACAACAACCAGCACAAGUCAAAUUGGACGAUGGAUCGUACUCCGGUUUAACAGCGAAUGGAUUCAAUAAGUUCUUGGGAGUUCGGUAUGCGGCACCACCACAACGCUUUGCACCGCCGGUGCCCUCUUCGAUGGCGCCUCACAACGAUGUAAUGAACGCGACUGCUUUCGCUCCAUCCUGCAUCCAAGCUAUUCCUGCUGCGAUUGCUGCCACGAUGCCGUCUGGUCCGGAAAGCGAGGAUUGCUUAUUCCUCAAUGUUUACGCACCCUCUUCUCCACCACCCGCCGAAGGAAGAACUGUCAUGGUAUGGUACUAUGGUGGAGGCUUUCAGUUUGGAUCUGCCAACACACCAAUGUUCGAUGGCUCGAGCUUUGCACAGAACCAGGACGUUAUCAUUGUGACGCCCAACUACCGAACGAGUGUUUUCGGAUUCCCCGGUGAUGUCGAGGGCAUACCUCCGCAAAUGCGCAACGUCGGUCUGAUGGACCAGAAACUAGCACUUCAAUGGGUUCAACGCAAUAUCAAGGCCUUCGGUGGUGACCCAAACAAGGUGACGCUGUUCGGGGAGUCGGCCGGUGCUUCGUCCGUCGACCUUUUGCUACUUACAAGCGGUGCACAGCCCCCCUUUCGUGCGGUAAUCACAGAGUCUGGAACAUCAUAUCUCGUCACCGGACCACAGGCAGGCGGAGACAUCAUCGGGCUCAUGACCGGUCUCUUGGGCAGACCAAAUAUGGCGACCCCGUUUCAAUCACUCGCGGCUUCGCUGAACUGCGGCAAUCAGAAGGCACUUGAUUGUGUGAAAGCCGCACCGGUGGACGCUAUUGUAUCCGUACUGUCUAAAGGCCCCUUCAACUUCCCACCCGUAGCCGACGGAGACGCAAACGUACCAGCGUCACCUGAUGCUACACGAGCUUCGGGCAAGGUUCCUCGCGUACCCAUGAUGAUAGGGACGAACCUCAGGGAGGCCGAUAUCUUCACAAUGGCCCAGCCACCGACCGCUUUGGAUGUCUUUGUUGCGGCAACUUUUCCCGGAGAUACUGCCCUGCAGAAGGCUGUCGUUACCGCAUAUCCGGUUGGAGCCGGGAUGCCUUUCCCGACUCCAAAAGACGCAAUCACUCAGUUUGCAACAGAUUUGGAUUGGACCUGUAGCAUUGCCCACGAAGCUCGUCUCUCGGCCCAAUCCGGGGUGCCAACUUGGAGAUACCUCUUCAACUCCACCUCUUUCCCGCCAACACCUGGGGGUAUCUUGUCUCGCCCGGUACACGGCUCUGAGAUUGGAUUUGUCUUUGGCAACCUUCCGCCGCCGCCGGCAACACCUGAUCAGGCUCUUGCGCUGAGCAAGUUUAUGCAAACGGCGUGGGCUAACUUUGCCAAGAACCCCACCAACGGGCCUGGAGUGCCUGUCUGGACGCAGUUUUCUGGUAUGCCUGGUGCGAUGGACCUGGGUAACUUGGGUGGAGUUCUUGGUGACGGAGUCUCAAUGAUAGAUUCAAAGGUGGUUGACAGCCGUUGUAAUCUUUUUGAUGCGUCGUACGCCAUGACAAAAUGA